CUCUCGCCCUCUUUUCCCUCCCUCUUGUUAUUAGGUGCAAAGGUAGAGUCUUUCGAGUCUCGAAGAGUCUCUUGGGCAUUUUAACCUUCCACCUUUCCAUCUGCCGCUUCCCAAAAGUGCCCUAAACAAGCUUGACCUGACCAGCUUUCUUAGUCGUCAGCAUGCUGUCAGAUUCAAUCUCCUUGGAAUCACCAAAAUCAAACACACAUUAGCCACCGACGUCGAACGUGGCUUUUGGGACAUGCUUCAUCUUUCAUGCAAUUUGAAUCAGGGGCUUCGGCUUUUGCUUUUGCUAAGAAUAUCUUUUUGUCAUUCAAUGGCUUCCAAGAACGACCAACUCAACGCCCAGAAGCCCCCAUCGUCGACCGGUCUUCUUGUCCUCACCACAAAGAUACCUGACAGAGGCACUGACUCGGGCCGGGUCCUCUCUUCUUCUUCUCUUCUUGUCUCUGCAUCCCAGCGGCAUCCUAAUUCCCAGCUGAUGACCGUGGACUGGACCCUCUUCGCAGCGCAAACUCCUAGGCCAACAUCGUACCAGCAGUGUUUUGCUCGUGCGUCUAGGCCGGUCGACCUGUCAGGAUCCGCACAGUCGCUCGUCGCUCGCUGCUGCGCCCCUCUCAACUAUGCAUAAUGCAG